AUGCUCUUUCACUUCACCUUCAGGAUCAUCAGUUCCAUUACUGCCUUUCUAUACCCAGGCUAUGCUUCCUACAAGACCUUGUCCCAACGACCAGCCUCUGAAGCUGAGCUAGAACGCUGGUUGAUGUACUGGUCCGUUCUCGGAUGCAUCAUCGCCGUUGAAUACAUCGCAGAAUGGGCCAUAUCAUGGAUCCCCUUUUACUACACUUUGAAGACGCUUUUCCUCCUCUUCCUCGCUCUUCCUCAAACACAGGGCGCCACGUUCAUCUAUACAACGCUCCUACAGCCUUUCUUCCAUGAACAUGAAUCUGAGAUCGAUCGCACCAUCGCGUCCUUCAAGGCGCGCGGAUACGUCUUGCUGCAGAAUCAACUGCGACGAGCAUGGGCCUAUGUUGCACAAGCCAUCGGUCAGGCGCCCCCUGGAAGCUUUGCCCCUGUGCCAAACAAUGCUGCUGCGAAUGCCGGCGCUCCUCCUACCAUGAAUGACCCCGUUUCCGGACCUGCUCAGAUGCUGGGCAGUUUCUGGCGCAACUACGGACCAUCAAUCGUGGCUUCUGGCGCAGCAUUCAUGCAGUCUGCGCAAGCCGCAGCGGCAGCCCCCCCUAGGAGAGACCCGGCGCUGGAUACUCCGGAUCUCAGCACCAGACCCAGUGCCUCGAGUUUCAGGCAGCCCUCCUCACAGUCCGUCGUGGAGAGACGUCGGCAGCUCGAGGCCGAGCUUGCUUCUCUAUCUAAGGAGCCCGCUCCAUACGAUGUAGGCGAGGCUGCGCCCUCGAUGCCCAUUCCUCAGCCAUCCGGCUCCGUCCAGAUCCAUUCUUCUGGUUCAUCCGGCUCACUGCGGGAACGCACGACCAGCAACCCGAUGCAUUUCGAGGACAUCGAUGUUCCUAGUGACGCGGAGGGAUACGACACUGGCUCGGGCCUUGAGAGCGGGCCGGAAGGAACUCAUCCUCCGAGUGCGGCGAGGCGGACAAGUUGGUUCGGGUGGGGCGGUCCUGCUCAACAAGGCUAUCAACGAGUGAAGAGCGAUUGAUAUCCCGGAUUUGCCUGGAUGCGUCGCUGACAACAGCCGGAUGAACCUAUGGAAUGUAUUAUAGCCACCUUAGCGACUCGCUCUCUUCGUUGUCCCUGUCAAGCCAGUGCAUUUACAGACUUAUUACGUUGUCAUUGCUCCCUGUCGCCGAGGAUGUGUCGCCUAUGCUUACCCAUGGUUGUCAGUUGGGUAAUUUGAGAAAGGCGCCGGUGUUCGUCGUUGACUCUCGAGCACAUUCUGCACGCAACAAUUCAUUGACGAACACGAGUGUGAAAAUAGAAGUCUAUAUGGUAUACAUACUUUCGCUAUCA